AUGGCGGAUUCUCUUCUAUCCUCUAUCAGCACUUUUCACACAACCAAGAUAAUCGUCACCGAUCCCACCAAAUACUCCUUUAUUAGAUCCAUUCCUGACACCAUGUUUGUUUGUGUGUCUGCAGCAAGUAAUGUCUUGCAACAAUACAAGAAGAUUCCUUUUUCGGGUCCAAGGGAGCUUACACCAGCCAUGGUUCGCUCCAUUGAUGAGGCCGACAAGCCAGCAAAAAGGGGAAAGAAGACUGACACUCAGAAGGAGUCGAAGGUGACUGAAACAACCAAGGGCCAAACCCCUAACAAACGAAAGUCUAACAAGGCUGCUCCGUCCCAGCCUCAACCAAAGAAUGAUUCAGACUCAGAGUAUGUUCCUCCCAAACAUAAAUUUUCUCCUCCUUCCGAAUCUGAAAGCGAAAGCUCUGAUGAUAAGGCUUCGGGUCGUGGUGAUACCCCGCCUCGCUCGCCUACCCCAGAAAUUCCAAUUCGCUCCCUACCUCCUUCUCCUCCACCUGUUACUAUCCCAGUAUCCAUCCCUCCUAUAUUUCCUAUCCUUACAUCUCAACCAUCAACCUCAACUCCCAUCCCCACUCCAAUCUUCACUGACACUACCACUACCACCACUACUCAUUCUACAGCUCCCACUCCACCUGUUACAACCGAACCACCUGUUACAACCGAACCAACAAUAACAACCGAACCUACUGUUACUACCAAACCCUUAUCACCUACACCUUCUACUGACACCACCCCAGUUCUAGGCGGUGAGGACUUGGAAUUUGAUUCCACUUAUUUCAGCCCUUAUCGUGUAGAGAGUGAUGACGACGAUGAUGAACCGGUAACCAAGCGUCAUCUCAAAGCAGUUAACAACAAACUCGAUCAACUGCUCUCCUCUUCUUCAUCUGGAGCCUAUUCUAAUGCUGCUUUAAAGGCUUUGUUCUCAUCUAUUGUUCACGAACACAGUGCCUCUCUUUCUGUUGCAGCUAAGGCUAUAGACGCCUCCACUUCACAAUGCCAGAAAGCCUCCCUCGCAGUUAAGGCUUCCACAAAGGAGUGCAAAGAAGCGAUCGCAAAAGUAGAUAAACUAAUUUCUGAGGCUCACUUAUUUUUGGAUUCAUUGCAGGCUGCAGCUCAGAAAAAUUCUCAAUCUGUGAACGCUUCGGUUGAUAAUCUUCAGCGUUCUCUUCAACCUGAACGGUCCAACCUUGAAGCUGCUCAUCAAGCAAUCGAGGCAGCCAAUGCCACUCUACACGACAAUGUCAAUGAUCGAUUGACUCAAUUGGAGGCAGAGUUGGCUGUAGAGAAUCGCAUCAUGGAUGAACUCGACAAAAGAACCUGUCAGCUGAAGAUACAGAAUCUCAAACUUCGCACUGCAACAGCCGAACUCAAUGACUUGAAGUCUAAGUGGGAGGUUACACGAAGCUCUGUUGCUGAUGUUCACUCCAUCUUACUUCACCUUCUUGAAGCCCAUGAUCCCAUCAUUACCAUCACCAUUCGCAGUAAUAGAGACAAGAAGAAGAAGAAAAUUGGGGAGGAUGACACUGAUAAUGAAGAUGAUGUCUAUGGUGAAAAUCCCGAAAAGCCUUUUCAGAAGACAAAACCUUCUGAUAAAGAGCUUGAAGAAAGGUUCAAGAAACAAAAGGCUGAGCUGGAGCAGAAGCAAAAGGAAAAGAGCUUCUGGAAAAGAAGAAGUCUAUUUUUCCGGAAUGGACUCUUGAUUCGCUUCAAAGGUGUGCCAUUGAUGAGCCAAGCACACUUUGGCUUGAGCCUGUGA